AUGAGACUGCUUCUGCCUCUUCUAAUUUGCAUCACAGCAAUCUUCCUUGCUUAUAGUCCUUCGACUUUCAUCCAGGACACUCUUACUACUUUCCUGCAUCAGAAGCUUCCGGCUACUUUGUCGCAGUACCUCCCCAAGAGUCUUCACUACAAGAACAACACCAUUACUACUACGCCCAUUGACUCCACUACCCCAUUGGAAUACCCCACCCCCAUCGUCCUCCCCAUCACCGAAAUGAGCACUGCCCGAGCAAUCCGUCAGGUCUUCCUGGCCAUCGAGCAAGCAGAGGGUGCUGGCGCCCGCGUGCGCCGCUCCAUCGGCACAGCCAAGCUCCGCAACUUCAGCCCUUUCCUCAUGCUCGACCACUUCACCAUCGGCAAGGGCGCCGGCUUCCCGGAUCACCCCCACCGCGGCCAGGAGACAAUCACCUACCUGCUAUCCGGCGGCGUGGACCACGAAGAUUUCGCCGGGAACAAGGGUACUAUCGGACCUGGAGAUUUGCAGUUCAUGACUGCCGGUCGCGGCAUCAUGCACGCGGAAAUGCCCCACGAGAACCCCGACGGCUCCCCCAAUGUCGGCAUGCAGCUCUGGGUCGAUCUUCCGCAGAAACUGAAGAUGUGCGAGCCGCGCUACCGCGACCUGCGCGCGAACGAAAUCCCCCUCGCCAAGGCGGAUGAUGGUCGUGUCGAGAUCAAGGUUAUUUCUGGCCAGUCGCAUGGUGUCGAUUCUGUUCGGGAUCUGGCAUACACCCCCGUCUGGCUUCUGGACGUUACUAUCCGUCCCGGUGGUAAAUUGUCGCAGACGCUGCCGCAGGGGUGGAAUGCGUUUGCCUACACGCUGUCCGGCAAGACGAUCUUCGGAUCGAAUGAUUCUACACAGGUCGUCAAGGAAUUCCACAAUGUCGUCUUUGAGCAGACGGGUGACCUCGUCGAGGCCUCUGUGCCGGAUAAUGCGGACUCAGAGUCGCGCUUUAUCAUUGUGGCUGGUCAGCCGCUGGAUCAGAAGGUGGUGCAGUACGGCCCCUUCGUUCUGACCAGCCAGGAGGAGGUUUAUCAGGCCAUGCUCGACUACCAGACUGCAUCCAAUGGCUUUGAGAAGUCGCGCAACUGGCAGAGUGAGAUUGGCAAGCGCAUGGCCUAUUAA